AUGGAACCUAAACGUUUGAAAAAACAACUUCCCAAAAUUUUGAAAACUCUAAAAACUGAAGAUCGAAUACUAAUCAUUGGAACCACUAACCGGCCAUUUGACGCAGACAUAAAACCCUUUUGCAAAGUUUACAAGAGAAUAAUUUUGAUUCCACGGCCAGACUAUGCUUCAAGAUUUGUUUUAUGGAAACACUUCAUUCAACAAAACGGAGGGCUUCUCUCCAAACAGCUAAAUAUCAGUUGCCUGGCACAAGUGUCUGAUGGUUAUGCUCAGGGACCCAUUCUCCAUGCAGUUCAAGCAGUCCUAACAGAAAGACGCCGAAUGCAGCUGAGUAAGAAACCACUGACUGCUGUUGAAUUCCUAACUUGCCUAGCAAGACAGGAUCCAGUGUACAAAGAAGAGGAAGAAACAUUUAAGGUUUGGUAUGCAAAGACUCCUCUAGGAAAAGCACGAAUCAAGUCACUGACAGAGAAUGAAGAUACUGGAAAAGGAAAAGGGAAAGAGAAGGGAAAGGAUAAAGAGAAAAAGAAGGAAGGCAAAAAGACAAAAAAGUAAAAAUUAUUUCAUGGAAAACUCUUAAUGGUCAGCAUAGAUAUAAUAUUAUAAUUUAUUGCUAUAAAGAAGAACCUUUUCUUGGAAUCCAAGUUCUCUACUUGAUUCCAGUGAACAGAUCCAUCAGUGAACAGGACAAAGCAUCAGCGUGACAUUUAGUUCCUUCAAGACAAACAUAUGUGACGACUGAAUUUCUCUUUUAUUACUUAGGCUAUUCUAAAGUUACUUAGAUUCAGAUAGAGUGUAUCAGUUUUAAAAAUAUAUUAAUUGACUGUCUACAAAUAUUAAGUCGCAUAUUUUAGAGUAUUUAUGCCCAUGAGCUUUGCCCAGGGAGAGUGCAACAUAUCUAUUGAGAUGAAUCCAUAUACAGCUCAGAAGAGCUCCCCUCUCUCCCUUCCCCAGUUGGAGAACACUAAACUAUGCUGCUCUCCUGGCUGGUUUGCAUGUAUCCUUUGCUCACGUAGUUCAGGAGGAGUUCAGCCCUCCAGGGAGCUGCAACCUUGUACAUAGAA